CAAAGUGCGAAGAGCUCUGUUGUUUGUUGCUGUCACUUUGUGUUGAGUGGAAACAGUUUCUUCCCGUUUUUGUCAGACUUUUGUCCUAAAUCUUUCAAAGAAGAUGGCCGAGGAAGUAUCUAAACUCGAACGCGACAACACAAUGGUUGCAACAGCGAAGGAAGGAGAAGCGUUUCUGGAGGCAAAAGGCGGCGUUGAUGAAGACGCGAAAACCCGAGGGCAACAGAAGGAAAUUGAAGAUAUUACAUCGACGGAAGACCAGAGCGAUUUGAAACGAACAACGACAAUGGCCGAAACGGCGAAGGAAGGGAAAGACUUGUUGGACGGGGAAGAAUUAGGGAAGACACGAGCACAAACGAAGGCUGAUAAAAACGGCGACGCGCAACCUAACCAAAACGGAAAACACGAUGAAACUAACGGGAAAGUUGCCGAAGCGGACUCUACCGAGAAUGGCGCGGAGACGGUUGCACAAAAAGACGAAACAGCUGAUGACGACGAAGAGAAAGCAGCAAUGAAACGAACCCGUACUAUGGAAGAAACUGUUAAGGAAGGUGAGGAAUACCUCAAGAAAAAGAAAGUGGAAAAUGAUACUGAACCUGCCGAAGAGGUCAAGGCCUGAUGUAGUCUAUUAUACAGUGAUGGCAUUUUCCCAUCAAAACUUUUAAUAAUUUUAUGCCUAUUGACCUUUUUACAAUCAUUCCUAAUAUGCUACAAGCUGUAGUUUCUGUUGUAGUCCGUUUCCUAUUCAGUUUCUAAACUUCUUACCCAUUUCAAGCAUUGUAUAUACAGUAUCUACAUAUAUAAAUAGAAGGUUUGUUCUCAAAGUAAAA